AUGAGCGCAGCAAAACCGGCGUUUGAGCAGUUUACUGCUCAAGCUCCGCAACCAGCCGGAGAUGUUGUUGGACAACAAUCAGCCACUGAAACACCGGUAAGAAAGAUCUACAGGAUUUGAGAAAAUAAUUCUUGUGGAUUUCAAAAUAUUUCGCAACAUUUAUUGAUUUUUAGUUAUAUAGGUAGUCCAAAAAUAAAGAAACAAUGAACAUUUCACGUCUGAACCCCAAGUGUCAUUUCUAAACGUUGUGUUUCAUUUUCAAAUAAUCAUUUCUUAUUUUUUAGGCUCAAGAACUAACAAUUGCCAAGCUUGAGAAUGCGAUCACAGCUAUGGAAGAACAAAAUCUCCAAAACGAUCCUCGUCACGCAAAAGCAACACUUCUCAAGCAAAAACUUGAAUCUGGUUCACUUGAAGUUUCCCCGGGUGCAAAUCCACAACAAUCCGAAGAAACUCCAGAUGAAGCGGAGAAAAAAGAAGUUACACAACAACAAAUUGCACAAUUGAGAGCACAGGUUUCGGCUUAUAAAUUAUUGGCCAGAAAUGAAACUGUUCCCCCAAGUUUGUUGAGCGAAGCGGUUGUUUUGAAACCAAAACCAAAUACACUUUUGCCACCACCGUAUGAAGUUCCUGGAGAAUCUGAAGAUGGUGAAAAGUUACCAUAUGAUUUGUUGAAGGUUUGUUUUUUAUUUUCAAAAAAAACAUAAGAAUUUUUUGAAAUAAAAACAUUUUAACUUUUUGCAGAUCUUCAACUUGCAUCAGAUGCGGUCAAAUCGUCCAACUUCUCUUCCAGUUCCUGGUGGAGUCGAUCCAGUUGCAAUGUUGAAAAAACGAGAAAAUAUGAUACAAAAUCGAAUUGGUUUGAGAAUGCGAGCUUUGAGCAAUUUGCCAGCCGAUUUGCCGCCAAAUUUGAGAUUGAAAGCUGAAAUUGAGUUGAGAGCUUUGAGAUUGGUCAAUUUGCAAACUCAGGUGAGAUAAACAUUGCACAAAAUCGAACAAAAAUAAUGAGAUGAGAUAAUUUUAGGUUCGAAGUGAAGUUAUGUUAACUAUGAAAAGGGAUACAACACUUGAAACAGCUCUCAAUCCAUAUGCUUAUCGAAGAACUAAAAGACAAUCACUUCGAGAAGCAAGAGUCACUGAAAAACUCGAAAAACAACAAAAAAUGGAACAAGAACGAAAGAAAAGACAAAAACAUAUUGAUCUUAUGCAAGCAAUUAUUCAACAUGGUAAAGAUUUCAAAGAAUAUCAUCGAAAUGCAUUGAUCAAAUCAUCGAAAGCACGAAAAGCUGUAAUGACAUAUCAUCAAAAUAAUGAAAGAGAACGAAAGAAGGAUGAAAUUAGAAAUGAGAAAUUGCGUAUGCAAAAAUUGAUGCAAGAAGAUGAAGAAGGUUAUCGUGCACUUCUUGAUGAGAAAAAAGAUCAAAGAUUGGUUUAUUUGUUGCAACAAACUGAUGAAUAUGUGGAUAGUUUGUGUAAUUUGGUUAGACAACAUCAAAGUACUGAAAAAACCAAAAAGAAGCAAGACAAGAAAUUGGAAAAAGGUGUUGAUGGUAAGUUGAACAUUUAUUCGAUAAAUUUGGAUUCAAAAGUAAAUCCUAAAUUAUUUUUUUAUAGAUAAUGAAGCUCGUGUUCAUGUUCGUGAAGUUUCUACUGGUAAAAUAUUAACCGGUGAUCAAGCCCCGAAACCAGAAGAACUUGAAAUUUGGCUUGAAACUCAUCCAGAAUAUGAAGCUGUUCCAAGAGAUAAUUUAUCAGAUGAUGAAGAUGAGGAAGAAGAGCCAAUAAUUGAAGAACCAAAAGAAGAUAAGGAUGAUCAAUAUGCAGGAAUGGAUGAAGAAACAAAAGCAAAGAUGAUCUUAGAAAAAGCUCGAAAUGAAGAAGAUGAAUAUGAUCAAAAAACCAAAAAACAAUUGGCUGAUUAUUAUGCAAUUGCACAUCGAAUUAAAGAGAAAAUUGUACAACAACAUUCGAGUAUGGGAGAAGGAAAUGAACAUUUGCAAUUGAAACCAUAUCAAAUCAAAGGUUUAGAAUGGAUGGUUUCACUUUAUAAUAAUAAUUUGAAUGGAAUUCUUGCUGAUGAAAUGGGUUUGGGAAAAACAAUUCAAACAAUUUCACUGAUCACAUAUCUUAUGGAAGUUAAACAAAAUAAUGGUCCAUAUUUGGUUAUUGUUCCAUUAUCAACAAUUUCAAAUUGGUCGAAUGAAUUCAAUAAAUGGGCACCAAGUGUGAAUACAAUUAUUUAUAAAGGAACAAAAGAUGCGAGAAAACGAGUUGAGAAUCAGAUAAAAAGAGGAGCAUUCAAUGUUUUGAUGACAACUUAUGAAUAUGUUAUCAAAGAAAAAGGAUUAUUGGGAAAAAUUCGAUGGAAAUAUAUGAUUAUUGACGAAGGACAUCGAUUGAAAAAUCAUAAUUGUAAAUUGACUUUGAUGCUUAACAGCUUUUUCCACGCACAACAUCGAUUAUUGUUGACUGGAACACCAUUGCAAAAUAAGUUGCCUGAACUUUGGGCUCUUCUCAAUUUCCUUCUCCCAAGUAUUUUCUCAUCUUGUGGAACUUUCGAACAAUGGUUCAAUGCACCAUUUGCAACAACUGGAGAGAAAGUUGAAUUGAAUCAAGAAGAAACUAUGUUGAUUAUCAGAAGAUUGCACAAAGUUCUUCGACCAUUUUUGUUGAGAAGAUUGAAAAAAGAAGUCGAAUCGCAAUUGCCGGAUAAAACUGAAUAUGUUAUCAAAUGUGAUCAAUCAGCAUUGCAAAAAGUGUUAUAUCGACAUAUGCAAAAAGGAUUAUUGUUGGAUUCAAAAUUGCAAUCUGGUGCUAGAAGUUUGAUGAAUACUGUUGUGCAUUUGAGAAAAUUGUGUAAUCAUCCAUUCCUUUUCCCAACCGUUGAAGAUUCGUGUAGAGCUGCUUGGAAAGUGAGUUGAUCACAAAAUUUUAAUAAUUAUUCUGGGCGCCCAAAGGCAUAACAUUUCUCGAAUUCACUACGUUUCAAAAAAUCAAUAUUUGAUUUUGAUAUUGACGAAUCCAAUUUCAGUGCAUUUCUCUCUGCAAAACUAACAAUUUCGAGAAUCAUGAAAAACAUGAUUGUCAGUAAACAAUUUUAUUUUAAGUUUUCUCAAAAGUUCUGUACUAUACAGUUUUUUUUCAGAAUUUUUCCAAAAAAUUUCAUAGCUACGAAAAUUUUUAGCUACAUUAGCCGGAAGUCGCUUUUUUCGAAACAAAAUUAAAAACAAAAAUUUUUACUUUAAAAAUUCCAAACUUUUUUGCAGGUCGAUGAAGUAUCUGGAUCAGAUUUGAUGAGAGUUGCUGGAAAACUUGAACUUUUGGAUAGAAUUUUGCCGAAAUUGAAAGCCACUGGACAUAGAAUUUUGAUGUUCUUCCAAAUGACAACUAUGAUGACAAUUGUCGAAGAUUUCUUGAAUCAUAGAAGUGAGUUUUUAUUCUCCUCUUUCUCUCUCUCACUAUUCGAAACUCUUUUUGCAGGUUAUAAAUAUCUUCGACUUGAUGGAAGUACAAAACCAGAUGAAAGAGGACAACUUCUUGAUAUGUACAAUGCUCCGGAUUCCGAUUAUUUCCUUUUCAUGCUUUCAACAAGAGCUGGAGGACUUGGUUUGAAUUUGCAAACUGCUGACACAGUUAUCAUUUUCGAUUCGGAUUGGAAUCCACAUCAAGAUAUGCAAGCACAAGAUCGAGCACAUAGAAUUGGACAAAAGAAAGAGGUUCGAGUAUUGCGAUUGAUUACUGCAAAUUCGGUUGAAGAGAAGAUUUUGGCGGCUGCGAGAUAUAAGUUGAAUGUUGAUGAAAAGGUUAUUCAAGCUGGUAAAUUCGAUCAAAAAUCGACUGGAGCUGAAAGAAAACAAAUGUUGGAACAGAUUAUUAGGUUAGUUUUUUAAAACUAAUUAUUGCACUUUGGUUCAGCUUUAUGAAAUUCAUUCCAAAGUUUUUUGCCCAAUCUUAAAAACAUAAUUUACAGAGCUGAUGGCGAAGAAGAUGAAGAGGAAGAGGUUCCAGACGACGAAACAAUUAAUCAAAUGGUUGCAAGAUCUGAAGAAGAAUUCAAUACAUUCCAAUCCAUGGAUAUUGAUAGAAGAAGAGAAGAAGCAAAUCAAUUGCAUAGAAAACCUCGACUUUUGGAAGAACAUGAAAUUCCAGAAGAUAUUCUGAAAGCAUCAUUUGAAUUUGAAGAAAUGGAAAAAGCAAGAGAAGAAGGACGAGAAGUUGUUGAGACAAAGGAUCAUCGAAGAAAACGAAAAGAUGUAAAUUAUUCUGGAGAUUUGAUGUCUGAAGAUCAAUUUAUGAAACAUGUUGAAGAAGUUGAAGAUGAAAAUGAGAGACAAAUUCAAGAAAGAAAACAAAAAAGAAAGAGGAAAUUGGCUGGUUUGGAUGAAAAUGAUGAUACAAUGGAUGAUGUAUUAAAUGCAAAACGAAAGAAAACAACACCAGAAUUGCAAGAAACUAUGAAGAAAUUCUUGAAAGUUGUUAUGGAUUAUAAAGGAAGUGAUGAUCGAGUAAUAUCUGAACCAUUUUAUGAAUUACCAACUAAAAAAGAAUUGCCUGAUUAUUAUCAAAUUAUUCAAAAACCAAUGGAUUUUGCAAAAAUUGAAAAGAAAAUUGAGACUGGAAGAUAUGCGACAAUGGAAGAAUUGAAUUCGGAUGUUGUAUUGCUCUGCAGAAAUGCGCAGACUUAUAAUGAAGAAGAUAGUGAUAUUUACAAUGAUUCGAAAAUAUUGCUGAGUAUUUGGGAGAAGGUUUACGGAAUUGUGAGUGGAACACGGGGUUUAUUUGUAAAUAUUAAUUUUUGGAAAAUUUAAAAAAAAACUAUCCAAAAUGUUGAACAAUUUGGCUUUUUUGAAACUUCGGAAGUUUUUUUUGUGAAUUUUCGUGAUUUUUUCACUUCUGAAACUUUGUUAUUUUUUCUUGGGAGGAAUUCAAAAUUUUCUAAUAAAAUCUCCAUUUUCCAGUAUGAACAACAAAUCAAAGUAACCGAAUUGCAAAAACAAGUAGUCGCUGGAUCUGGUCAAAAAGAUGAACUAACAAAACAACAAGAAAAAUUGAUGAUUUUAAUGGGAAUGCCACCGGAGACUGCAAAAGCAAUGGCAAAACAGCAAACCGCUGCUGCCCUGGCUUCUGGAGCAGCUGGAGCUGGACCAUCGACUUCUUCGUCUUCUGCUACUGCGGGACCGUCAACUUCGACAGCGACAACUGGAUCAACUAAAAAAGAUGAACCAGAGGAAAAGGUUUGUGAUUUUUUACCUUUGGUAAUUCUGUAGGAAAUUAGAAAUUAUGAAUUUUUCAUUCAAAACAUAUCAUUUUGAAACAAUAUUUUAAAUUUUUCUACAAAUGAUCAGUGUUCAAAAAUUGAAUGUUUGAACUUUUGAUAUGUUUGCAAAGAGAAAGAAGCGAAAUAUCUCUUAUCAAAUGUUUUUUCUUCUUUUUUGAAAAAAAUUGAUUUUUCCCCAAAAUUUAAUUGUUUUUUCUUUUCAGGCUGAAUCUUCAACAUCAUCUCGGAGAAAAUCGAAACCUGUAAAACGGGAAGAAGAUGAGGAGGAUGAAGACGAUUUUGAUGAUGAUGAAAUGGAUGAUUAA